GAGAUUUAUUUUUGUGUAGAUCUAUGUGUUUGUUGUUAUGUUCUGCUCCUUCAUUAAGAUUAGGAACUAUUUAAAAUGGUACUGAUGUUUAAGAUUGGUAGAAUGAUACAGUGUAAGGAAAGAGGUAAUGUGUCACAUUGUUCAGCUCUGAGUUGUCCUAUGCUGUUGGUGGUCAUUAAAGUGAUCGAAAUGGAUUAAAGUCGAUCUAUACCAAAGGCCACUUUACAUUACCAUGUUAAUGUAGGUAUGCGAGUUUAACAGUGUGCAUGUGCAUACCAGCUGCUGCUGUUUGCUCUUAGUUUUGCUGUUCACCAGAACAGAGUCAAGGUUUUGCUUCACUCUACCUAAAGCUACAGCCACAUGAAGAUAUUAAUUGUAAUACAGAGUUUUAAUAUAUAAACUGAAAACGAUCCACCCAUUGACUGCAACAGUUUUAUCCAAGAUGUCCAAGAACAGUUGCUGUUUUCAUGUUGUUUUGCCAGCUUGAGUCCCAUGUUAUCCAUUUCCUUUUCUUGCAAUUAGCCAGGAGCAGCCUUAAAGUAAAUGGAAUUAGCAUGGCUCUUAUUCUGAUCUUCUUCCUCCCUCAGAUGGUCCAGUCAGUCAGGUUGCAUGGUCGAAAACACAGUGGGCUGUUUUUGUUUUUUCCUCAAGAUCCAUGCAUGAUUCCCUGACAAAUUAACACAAAUGUGAAAAAAAACCAAACACCCGAUAUAGCAAUGUCAAAGAAAGUGAAGAAAUAAUUCCUGGACCAGUUCCACGUCAAAAUGGAAUUGACUCUUUAGUUUGAAAUCCAUUCAGAAGUGUUUGUGUUAUCCUGCUACGAAACCAACCAAACACACGCGCACGCGCACACGCACGGGCUCCAGUUUAGUUUUUUGGACUACAUUAAAGUUUUGAGCCAGAUCUACGAGCUAUCACAGAUAACUGACAUCAUGUCCUUUAUGGAAAUAUGUCCCAAUGAGGCCCCGCCCUGUCCCGGUGACAUCAGCCGAAGCCCUGCUUUUUUCCUCCAGGAGAACACGGUGGAUCCGCACUCACAUACACAGCCAGCAACACUAUUAAAAGGACCCGACGGCUAUCGUCGCUUUAUUCAUGGGACAAAAAACACUUAUUCGCUAUGUGUGCCUUCUCCCAGUGCCUUACGACUGGAUGCGAUUGCUUCCUUUGGAGCUGCAAGGGAAGUUGUUGCCAUAAAGGACUACUGCCCAUCCAGUUUCACCACUCUGAAGUUCUCUAAAGGGGACCGCCUUUAUGUUCUGGACUCAUCAGGAGGAGAGUGGUGGUAUGCCCACAACAACACAGAGAUGGGUUACAUCCCAGCCGCUUAUGUGCAGCCCAUCAACUACAGAGACUCGUCUUUCAGCGACAGCGGUAUGAUUGACACCGUGGGAGACUGUAACGAGGAGGUAGCCAAAGAAAUGGACUUUCAAGGAGAGUGGGCAGGGGUGAUUUUGAAACCAACCACCUUCCAAAAUCAAAAUCCUUUUGCAGCAACCCAUACCUUUACAAACCCUUUCCUAAACAGGGGUCCUCAGAGCUCACUUGACCAAAACAGAUAUGAGAAAUCUGUUGACCUUCUUCUGUUUGAUACUCUCACUCCAUCUGUACCCAACUCCACCAACAGCACUACUGACAUCAAUGGUUUUCACAGUGGCAUAUUUAACUUGAACCCUCUAAGUCCCAGUGUAGAAGUGGGACAGACACUUCGUAGGGAUAACCCAUUUUUUAGAAGCAAACGAUCCUACAGUCUGUCUGAGCUGUCCAUCCUGCAGGCUCAGUCUGACACCCCACUGAGCUCCACCAGUUUCUUUGGAGGCCUCAAAGCACCAGUGCCAGAACAGUUCCAAAGCAGGGAGGAUUACCGGACAGCGUGGCUGAGCCACCGCAAGUUAGCCAGGUCCUGCCAUGACUUGGACUCUCUGGGUCAGAACCCAGGCUGGGGCCAAACACAGCCAGUAGAGACAAAUAUUGUCUGUCAGCUGGACUGCUCAGGGGGCACUGUCCAGCUGCCAGACACCAACAUCAGCAUCCACAUACCAGAAGGCCAUGUCGUCCCAGGGGAAACCCAGCAAAUUUCAAUCAAAGCUCUGCUUGACCCACCACUAGAGCUGAACAACGACCGCUGUACCACUGUCAGCCCUGUGGUCGAGAUUAAACUCAGCAACAUGGAGACCAAAACUACACUUACUCUGGAGAUGAAAGUGUCUGUCGUGGUGAAAAUGGAACACAGGCAGAUGACAGAAAUCUUGUGUGUUAGGAGUGAUUGUAAAGAGGGACCUUACACUCCCAUUUCUCAGGCAUUCAUGAAUGGGGACACAGUCCAGGUGCGCCUGGAUAACCUUGAACCGUGCAUGUAUGUGUGUGUUGUGUCUCAGUUCCGGUCCCUAUCUGUAGACACCACAGUUUGGGAGCAUGUGGUUAAAAAGAUUACUUUAGGAGUGUAUGGUCCCAAACAUAUUCACCCAUCCUUCAAAACAGUCGUGGCUAUGUUUGGCCAUGAUUGUGCCCCAAAAACAUUAUUGGUGAGUGAGGUGGGCAAACAAGUGCAGUCUGCACCAUCAGUAGUUCUACAGCUAUGGGGUAAACAUCAGUUUGUCCUGUCCAAACCCCAAGACCUUCAUGUCGGGGUUUACUCCAACAUGGCCAACUAUGAGGUAAAAGCUGUUGACCAGACCAGAUCAGUUCGGGGAUUCCAGGUUAAACUUGGCAAAGUCAGCAGACUUGUCUACGUCAUUGCUUCACGCAACACUGAAGAUGUUUCUGAUUUCACCUUAAGAAUCCAGGUCAGAGAUGACCAAGAUUGUAUACUGGCUCAGUUUUGCGUCCAGACACCAACACCACCACCCAAAACAGGCCCAAAGACAUUAGUGCAACGACGCUUCUUGAAGAAGAAGGAAGUGGGCAAGAUAGUCUUGUCCCCCCUUGCCAUUGCCACCAAGUACCCUGUUUUUCAGGACAGGAGAAUAAACAGCCUGAAAUUUGGAAAGUUGAUCAAAACUGUCAGCCGACAAACAAAAAAUCAGUACCUGCUUGAGUACAAAAAAGGAGACUUUGUAGCUUUGUUGAGUGAAGAGAAGAUCAAGCUAAAGGGACAGUUGUGGACAAAAGAAUGGUACAUUGGAUAUUAUCAGGGCAAAAUGGGAUUUGUUCAUGCCAAGAAUGUGCUAGUGGUUGGCAAAGUUAAGCCCAUUUACUUCAGUGUGCCCGACCUUACCACCUCACUGUUACUGGAGCAGAUACUGAAGCCCUGCAAAUUCCUCACAUAUAUCUAUGCCUCUGUAAGAACUGUACUGAUGGAGAACAUUGGCAACUGGCGAGCGUUCGCAGAUGCCCUGGGAUAUGUCAACCUGUCCUUAAGUCAUUUCUGUCGCGCAGAGCUGGACAGUGAACCUGAGAGGGUUGCAUCAGUGCUGGAGAAGCUGAAGGAGGAUUGCAACAAUGUAGAGAGCAAAGAACGGAAGUCCUUCCAGAAAGAACUCCUAAUGGCCCUGUUGAAGAUCGACUGUCAAGGUCUCGUGGCCAGGCUGGUCAUGGACUUUGUCCUGCUGACCACAGCUGUGGAGGUGGCUGGACGGUGGAGGGAGCUGGCUGAGAGACUUGCCAAGGUUUCACGCCAGCAAAUGGAUGCUUACGAGGCACCACAUCGUGACAAGAACGGGGUAGUGGACAGUGAGCCUAAUCAGGUUGCACAGGUAAUCCAGCUCCACCAGGAAGGCACUGUGCGUCGGAAGAGGGUUUCCUGCAUCUCCCAGCACAGUCUCAAGAGCACGGAGGAGACAUUAGAAGGCCAUUACACAAGGAGAGCUGGACAGGGCCGUAGAACAGCAUCAACGCUCCAGCAGAACCAGUAUCUACUUUGUGCAAGGAGUACCAGGAGGAGCACUGCCAGAGCAGCUGGUGUGGUGGUUUCUCAUCAAACUGUCAGAAACGGACUCCAAGUGGUUGGCAUGAGGCCCGACAUCUUCUAGUGGGACAUGUACUCACAGCCCAGCACCAUGCAGCACCAUUCGAAUUGCUAGAGAAUACCAUAAUUGGUCUGGUCCAGGUGUGGGACACUAACUCAUUAGGAGCAUGCCCAUACGCUGUCGAGUGCAUACAGGCAGGCCAUACACACUACUGAGUCCCAUUAUAAGUUGCCGUGAUAAAAUUACCACAAGUUGUAUCAGGUUGUGAUUUCAUUUUUUUACCUUGAUUUUCAGUGUGAUUCUGAAUCCAGCACUCAGUGGGUAGAUGAUUUUGGUUUCCAUUGACCGUUGUUACUUUAAUUUGUUAUCAACAAUUUAAACAGUGUACAUCAGUAAAGAUUUUCAACUUGAAUAAUUUGUUCAUCAAGAUCUCGUGUGUGAUAAAAAGAAAGUGUUACCUUGAUUUUAUUUGUAGCAGUGUAGUUUUAAAGCAAUUUCUUUUAAUAUAUGGACGUGUUGUGUUUAUACAGCAUUUCAGUGACUAAAUGCUGUUGAGCAAGUUUUUUUUUAAAACAAAGUAGGCUGGAAAAUGUACUCUAUUUGAACCUAGUCACAUUUUCAAGUGCACCUCCGGAGAAUCAUUAUAACUGGGCCGAAGCAAAUCUUUAAAUCAUAGGCCCAUAACUAAACUAAAACAGAUCCAAUCUGGGUCUCUUGUAGCAGAAACGGGGGAUAGGUAUAACUUCAAGGAAGCAAUCUUUGUUUUGACAGCGGAACACAUCUUGUUACAGCUGUACUUAUAUAAGCAAGAUGUCACUAUUAAUGUGCAUGACUUCGCUCAUGGUGACUCAUCAAUGUCUUUUGCCACAACAGCUGUUAUCUGUUUGAAAUAUUUGUAGAAUUGAAGAACAGCAACAACAAUUACUGUUUAACAGGUAACAUUAGUGGCGAUUAAGAACACAUUCAGACACACUUAACUUUGGAUUCAUACACACUGUCUCAAAGCAUGUUGGGAAAAUCAACCCAAUUACCCACAGGACAUGCUACAAUAUCUUAUCAGUUUGAGCAAUAUUUUCAUCUUCAGUUGCUACCCCGUCCAUUUCCUUGAUGCCAGGUUACAGCUGAAUAAAUACAGGCUAUUUAAAAAAUGAAUACAGAGUAAGAUCCAGGGCAAUCCAAGCAAUAUCAUCCUUUAAGGAAAUACAAGUCUGGUAAAUGAUGAAUGUGGAUUUUGCAUAAUAGAAUAACCAUGUUUAUUUACUGACUUAUUUCACCGCUCGUUUCUUUUUUUUUUCAGAUGAAUGUCAUAUUUUCAUGGAUCCAUAUUUCUACCUCUACUGGACUGUUUUUUAACUGUUGCCAUGGCAUAUCAAAGUAUAGGAGCUCCACAAAUAUUUUUUCUCUGUCCACGCCCAUACACUUAGCUCGGGCUGAACACGCUCAGACUUAAUCUGAGUCCUAAAUUCCCCUACUCAGGCUCCCAGGCCCGUGGACUGGAUGAUCAGCAUCUGUUUAUUGAAUUUUACAAAAUUAACAAACAAACAAUAGUGUUCCAUACGGUAAAAAUUACAGAUGUAAAUUCAACAUACCACAGAACAGAUACCAACCCCCCACCCCCCUCCCUCUGGCACCUAGCCCCAACAGAUGAGCACAUAUAGUUGAAAAAUAAAGAAAAACAAACAAAAGAAAAACAAAAAAAGAUGGGUUGAUAGAGGAAGAGAGAAAAAGGAUGAAUAAAUAAGCAAGAAAAUACAUUAAUAAAAGAAU